AUGUCUGAAUCUCCUGCGAAGCGGAGACGUCUUAACAGCUCCGAGCCUGGCGUCACCGUUGACCCCCUUUCAAAUCCUCCAAUCACCCCAACAAGGGCGUCCUACAGAUCCCCUACAAAGAGUUCUUUGGCGCGGUCGCACCCUCAUCUCGUCUCUAAAUCACCCCGUCGCCCCACCACAGGGUCAAAGGGAAAACUAUUGAGGGACGAAAUACUCAGUCGCAGAUCAGAACCCCGCGGCGCACCAACACCAGUCCGCCAGGACGAUGUGAAUGUCACCAACAGAAAAACAAAUGCUACCCUGGCGACUGAUGCUGGAGUUCCUCCGGCCCUUUCGACCACAACGGCGCCCAGCCUCUCCGGUCCUCAAGCGGCGGUCACUCGGUCAUCGGCACCACCGGAGCACAAUCCUCAAGACACUCUCCCCAAAAAAGCAAAGUUAUCCACCUCGCUGCACUUGAAACGGCAGAUCAUGGAACCCACGCUGGUACAAAAGCCCCGACCUCGGUCACCCUCUAGAGGCAGGAGCAAUGAGCCUGAUUUACCUCCUACACCGGUCCAGCUUGGCUUGAGCCCUGCUCCUGAGAGACCACGAGGCCUAGCCUCCAGCAGCAGCCCUCGUGGCUCAAAGGGCGGUAGUGGUAAGCACAGACGUCGCGUACGAGGUAGUGAUCACAACAACAGUAGUCCAUUGAAACAGAAGGCACCAUCUCCCGUCAAUGAUGAUGAACCGGUAGAAGCUCUGGAAAGCGAGCAAUACUCUGUGGCUGAGAUCCCGCACACUGUAGUGGAGCCUGACAGCCAACCUGAUGCCAGCGACCUAUCUCAAAAUGCCAAGAUCAAGGAACGGCUUCGCCAGUCUCUUCUUGUCAGCAUCGAGCAAGUACAAAACGAGAUCAAUGAGUUAGAGGAUGCGAUCGACCAAGAUGAUUUGGACGACAAGACCUUGAGUCGACUAGCGCCAAUCAUUUUAGAGUCCACAGAUGCUCGCCUGGACAUCGAGAAUCUCUCGCGGCUUAAUGAGAAGUCGCUGCUGGAACAUUUGACUUUGUUCGCACCUGGAGGGCUCAGGAUUGACUUGACGACCAAGCCAGAGCGACAUGAAGGCCGGGCUAAGAUGAUCCACCAUUUGGAAGUUAAGCCGCCAAUCCCCUGGCCCGAGCACAUCUUCCAUUGUCGCUUCAGGAUUACUAUGGAUCCAGAAGACAAGCGGGUUGAAGGAAUUCAACUUGUCGACACAAGCCGCCGUACGGGAAUAUACAAAUGGAUCCGAGGUCGGCUGUCAAACGAUCUUCAUUGCCUUGAUAUCAGUGGUCUUGUCUGGGGCAUGGGCCAGUGGUUUUCAGAAGCUGUGGUUCGGGCAAAGGUCUUCCAACAACUCCAGUCAGCUCAAGAUCAAGAUGACUCUUCGGUACUGACAGAUUUUGCUCAAGAUCCCGCUGUUCUGACAGAAAAGCAUGCUUGUGUUUUGGGCACACAUCUCCACUCCACCAAGAUUGCCAUUGAUGUCAAUACAGAUGAGUCUAAGAAGAAACCGAGGAAAGUGCUUCUGAACUGGGAUAUAGAUAUCGAUUGGGCAGGUCAACAGACAUCGGCGAUCGACAUUGCUGUACGUGGUGUGUCGCAGAAGGCAGAGGCAGGAUUGAAAACGGUCUUCGGUAGUUUACUACGACCAGCUGGGGUUCUUUCAGCCCUUGCCGAGGUGCAAAAGAUGUUGAGUGGCAGCAUUGAGGAUGAGCUCGAGACGAAGUCUCUGUCGAAGCCAAAAGGUGGGAAGAGAAAGCGGGUUGCGUAG